GACUUCCCAUUGCUUUGGUUGGAUGAUAUAGUGGAUGAGCAGUCAAACAUCGUGGGCUUCUCAAUGUUUAACACCACCCACCCCUUUUACCUGGAGUUUAUCAGAAGCCUUAACCUGUCCUGGAGAGAGGGCUGUGACAUUAACCCGUAUCCCGGACCAGCACUGUCGUCGGCCCUGCUGUUUGAUGCGGUCCAUGUGGUAGUGAGUGCAGUGCAGGAACUCAACCGGAGUCAGGAGAUUGGCGUCAAACCUCUCAGCUGCACCUCCCCUCAGAUCUGGCAACAUGGAACCAGCCUCAUGAACUACCUGCGCAUGGUGGAGUAUGACGGCUUGACAGGACGAGUUGAGUUCAACAGUAAAGGCCAGAGGACCAAUUACACCCUCCACAUUCUGGAGAAGCACAGGGGAGGCCACAAAGAGAUUGGGAUCUGGUACUCUAAUAACACUCUCCUGAUGAACUCCACCAGCCUGGACAUCAAUGUCUCUGAGACUCUGGCUAACAAGAGCCUCAUCAUCACCACCAUACUUGAGAACCCAUACGUAAUGAGAAAGAUUAAUUACCAGGAGUUUGAGGGGAACGAGCAGUAUGAGGGUUUUUGUGUGGACAUGUUAAGAGAGCUAUCUGACAUCCUCAAGUUCACCUACCGCAUCAAACUGGUGGACGAUGGUCUGUACGGGGCACCCGAACCCAACGGCUCGUGGACGGGCAUGGUGGGAGAGCUGAUCAAUAGGAAAGCUGAUUUGGCCGUAGCUGCUUUUACCAUCACAUCUGAGAGAGAGAAGGUCAUCGACUUCUCCAAACCUUUCAUGACCCUGGGCAUCAGUAUUCUCUACAGGGUCCAUAUAGGCAGGAAGCCAGGUUAUUUCUCCUUCCUGGAUCCUUUCUCACCGGCUGUUUGGCUCUUCAUGCUGCUGGCUUACCUCGCUGUCAGCUGUGUGCUUUUUCUUUCUGCGAGGUUAAGCCCUUAUGAAUGGUACAACCCUCAUCCGUGUCUGCGAGAGCGCAGAGACCUGCUGGAGAAUCAGUACACACUAGGAAACAGCCUGUGGUUUCCUGUGGGGGGCUUCAUGCAGCAGGGCUCUGAGAUCAUGCCCAGAGCCCUGUCCACGCGCUGCGUCAGCGGGGUCUGGUGGGCAUUCACUCUCAUAAUAAUCUCCUCAUACACUGCGAAUCUUGCUGCGUUUCUGACCGUGCAGAGAAUGGAAGUGCCAAUCGAAUCACCAGAUGACCUCGCCGAUCAAACCAAUAUCCAAUAUGGCACCAUUCAUGGAGGAAGCACCAUGACCUUUUUUAUGAACUCCCGGUAUCAAACGUAUCAGCGCAUGUGGAACUACAUGUAUUCAAAGCAGCCCAGUGUCUUCGUUAAGAGCACAGAGGAGGGCAUCGCACGAGUCGUGAACUCCAAAUAUGCCUUUCUCCUGGAGAGCACCAUGAAUGAGUACCACCGCAGCCUCAACUGCAACCUCACCCAAAUCGGAGGACUGCUGGACACCAAGGGUUACGGCAUUGGCAUGCCUCUGGGUUCUCCUUUCAGAGAUGAGCUCAGUCUGGCAGUGCUGCAGUUGCAGGAGAAUAACAGGUUGGAGAUCCUGAAGAGAAGAUGGUGGGAGGGAGGAAAGUGUCCCAAAGAGGAAGACCACCGAGCCAAAGGUCUUGGGAUGGAGAACAUUGGCGGUAUAUUUGUGGUGUUGAUCUGUGGCCUGAUUAUUGCUGUGUUUGUGGCUGUGAUGGAGUUUGUGUGGUCCACGCGUCGAUCAGCAGAAACAGACGAGGUACGGCCUCUCUCCUGCGACCGCCAAUAUCACAGUCACACUACAGUGUCCGUAUGUCAGGAGAUGUUGACAGAAUUUCGUAACGCCGUCUCCUGCAAGAAAAGCUCUCGUCUACGCCGCCGCCGGCCUCUGUCCAGCUCUCUGGCCCUCCGGCAUCCCACCCGCAUCACUUUGGGGGCUCCACGACCCCUGCGCCUUGUGAGAGAGAUGCGCCUUAGCAACGGAAAGCUCUACAGUGGCACUGGACCCCUCACAGGAGGUUCAGGGCCUGGAGGAGGCCCCACAGACAUGGGUCCUGGCCCCCAACGGCUCCUGGAGGAUCCAUUAGGAGCCAACAGCACGCCUGCAGUGGCCCUGGGACCCCCCGCAGUGACAGUGCCUCUGCCGCGGGGUUGCACUCACGUGCGCAUCUGCCAGGAGUGCAGGCGGAUUCAGAGUCUCCGCACAACUUCAUGCACACGAAUCCCUCCCUCCUCCGCCCCCCUGCCCCGCCUCGCUCCACCCCCUCCACACUCAUCCUCGAAUACAGACAGCGAAGGGGGCGGCGGCCUAAGCCCGUGCCGAAUAGGACACUCCCCUCCGGCUAAAGGCUGCUCUUUACCACCACCUCAGUCUAGCAACAACACAGACCUAAUGGGGGAGCAAAAAUGAGAACAGACAAACUAACAAACACAAGUAUGACACAUUUUUGCAAUAUUCGCCUCCAUGUUCGAAAUCACAGACAAAUGCGCUUUCCAUCUUUUCCUUGGUACAAAAAAUGGAUCCUUUUCUUUUGGAUAGCCAUGUGUCAUUUCAAUGAUUCUUUUGUACUACUGAAUGAUGUACUAUAACACUGACUGUGUAAGAAAUGAUUGUACGCCUCAGACACAAGGGUGCAGAUGUUAAAUGUGAUUCUGAUCAGGCAGCACACAGACGUCUGACAGAUUCUCCUUCCCUUUCCUGACUGAAAUCUCUCUCUGUUUGGAUAGAGGUCACACACUGGAAGUAGCACAGCGGAGACGCUCUCGUUUGGACGUCCAGAUCAGAGCUCGAAUGCCACAGAAUGAGAGCACACAACAUUCGUGGAGGACAAUGAUGCAAACUUGUUAAUGAAAAAAAAAGAUAUUCUAAAAACAGAUAUUCUUACUUUUCUGUACUAUACUUAUUUUUAAAUUCACUGUCUGUGUAAUUUAAUUCUGGGGUUGUGUUGUCUGAAUUGGAAAUUAAAAAUAGAGAUACUUUAUUGAUACUGAGGAGAUCAACUCUGACUGAAUAUGUAUGGGUUUUUUUGGGAAACGAGGAGCUGUGUUCAUUAAAACGUGGACUUUGAUCUGUCUGCUAGAAC